AUGUUUGCUUGCAAAUGGAAAAUGGGAGGCGAUUUAGAAGGUGGCGUGGGUCCGGGCAUUGACAGAACAAAAAAGUCCGUGUCGCAAGACGGCAGCGGAGGAAAAACGGGUUUGGCAGAAGGACAGGUAGACUCGACGCGAGAAAGAAAGGCGCGAUAUUUCUUGACGCGGCUCGAAGAGAGCGCCUCAGAAGACGCGCGCGUGAUCGAUAUUGUUUCUGAAGACGAGAAAGAAAAAAGGUAUCUUGGGCCAUGA